UAGAGAGAGAGAGAGAGUUUUAGAGAGAGAGAGAGAGAGUGAGUGUUGUAGAGAGAGAGAGAGAGAGAUUCUUCCCUCCAUCCAUGGCGCCGAGGAAGCGUAAGGGCGGAGCUGCGGCCGCGGCGGAGGAGGAGAAGCCGCCCGCGGUCACCACUACCACCACCACCACCACCACCACCGUCGCCGCCGCCGCCGUUGUCUUCUCGAGGAGGGUGACCCGCAGCUCGGCGAGGGGGGCGGCGGCGGCCGGGGGGCCGAGGGCCGACUCGGUGCCGGGGCCGGCGGCGGCCAAGAAGGCCAAGGGGGCCGGGAGGAGGAGGAAGAAGGCGGCGAAGGGGGAGGAGGAUGUCGCCGGAGGAGGAGCCGAGGGCGGGGAGGGGGAGGAACGGGAGGAGAAGGAGGAGGAGAGAGCUGAGGACGGCGAGCUGGAGGAAGCGGAGGCUGGCGGAGCUAUGGACGCCAAGGCCAAGACCGUCGUCAUCGAGCACUGCAAACAAUGCAAUUCCUUCAAGACAAGGGCUAUUCAAGUGAAGAAUGGCUUGGAGAAAGGUGUGCCUGGCAUCAUUGUUGUGGUCAACCCAGAUAAGCCUAGAAGAGGUUGCUUUGAAAUACGAGAGGAAGGUGGUGACAAAUUCAUCAGCCUAUUGGACAUGAAACGACCAUUUGGCCCCAUGAAGGCGCUUGACAUGGACAAGGUGAUAUUGGACAUAAUCGACAAGGUCAAAGCCUGAAGUAACUUUGCUCAAGAGGGAAUUUUGUCUAGAUGGAAGAUUUCACCCCGAAGUUUGUUGGCUCUUUUUGAUCGGCAGCAAUCGUAGUGUUCACCCCUAAUUUGAUGCCAUGGAGGGCAUGGAUGGAACUGCUAGGAUAGGGUUAGUCUUUUCGACUGUGUCUUUGAAUAGCUAUAGAACGUGCAUACUAGUCAGGAAAUUACCAACUUGAGGUUGAGACUCUACUUUAGUUGCAUCAAUCUUACAAGGAAACUUGUCCUUCAUUACUCCUCAAACUAUCUUUUAGAUAGUUGAGAUAAUUGGGCCUUCUGCUUAAUUGAUUGUGGAUGUCUUCUGAUUCUAA